CAAAGCUGUGACGCUGAUCGUGUAUUUUGACGUGGCCACUACGUAUUCUGCAAAUUUAUCCACUCCGAUUGCGGCAAAGUUGGUGACGAAAAGUACGUAACCGGUAAGUACUCCUUUGACGAACCACAACAAUAAAGCAUGGUCUUCAGCAUGAAAGUAAUUUUUAAGGGAUGUCCGAGGGUGUAGUAACCCAUGGGGAAGUAGAAAACGGAUCCCAGGGAAUACAGGUGGUACAUGUUUCAAUCCCAAAUCAACCAGUUCAAGUCCAAUCUGUUAUCCAGUCAAAUCAACAAUCAGUUAUUCAUUCAGCAACAAAUGCAGGGGUUCCAACCAUUCAAGUAGUUAGGGUUGCUGCUGUUGAUGAAGAUGUUUCUUCAGAUGAUUCUGAAGCUCGAAGAAGAAGAGAAAUUUUAGCAAGACGACCAUCAUACAGAAAAAUUCUAAAUGACUUAUCCUCUCCCGUUACUAAGAUGGAUGAGGAGUCCAACAGUAGUCAAAGUCAAGAUGGUGAAGUUAUAGAUGCUGCACAAAAUUUAACUAGCGUUGGAAACGCAGUCCACUAUCAACAAGCUACAGUAGUGCCUGCAGGAACCAUUUUAGCACACGCUGAUGGAACAGCAGUUUCACAAGGAUUACAGACCUUAACAAUGACUAAUACAAGUCCUUCCUCUGGUAAUACGGCACAAGGAACUACGAUAGUCCAGUAUGCCCAGGGUCCUGACGGCCAAUUCUAUAUUCCAGUUUCAGUUGGGGGAACAAACAUGCAGGCAUAUCAGAUAGCUACUACCGCCGCCAUUCCACAAGGUGUUGUCAUGGCAUCGGCCGGAAGUCCUCUUUCUAGUGGGGGAACGGUGUCAGAAGAGGCUUCACGAAAGCGAGAAUUACGUUUAUUAAAAAACAGAGAGGCUGCUAGAGAAUGUCGUAUAAAGAAGAAGGAAUAUGUGAAAUGUUUGGAAAAUCGUGUAGCCGUUUUAGAAAAUCAGAAUAAAACUUUAAUAGAAGAGCUCAAAGCUCUAAAAGAACUUUACUGUCAGAAAGAAUAAUCGAGAAACAUCAUUCUUAAAGGCAUAUUUUAUUUUACAGAGAAAAGAGAGAUAUAAAUAUUUUGAAUAUAUUAUAUUAAUUAAAUAUAUGAGGCGUGAGACUGACAUUCGUGUGGAGACUGUGUGAUUGUGUUAGAUGUAGUCAGACAUCUGGAUUUUAAGAUAAGUGGAACUUCAAGGAUUAUUAAGAGGAUAAUGACAGAAUUGUGGUUGGCUUUUGUUUUAAACAAACGUGGGUUGAGAAUUGAAAUUUUAGUAACCUUUGCAACAUCGGUCAAAUUCAAAAUCCAUGGAUCAGAUACUAAGAAAUAUUGAUGACCGACAGCUGUGGACUGUGUACAUUUUUAACAUCUGGGUUUGUUCUUGAAAGGCGUUAAACAAAAUCUGAAUUUGUUUCAACGCUGUUGGUUGAUUACAGAUUUAUUGUCAUUUUGUUAUGGAAAUCGUAUUGAAUUUUGUAAAAAAAAAUAGUUUCACCAAACAUAUUUAAUUUUAUGUCAUUAGCAAUGACGUACAGAUAAUUUCAUCUGUAAACACAUGUAUUUUAAGAUUAUCAUCAUUCCUUCCUUUUUCGGUGUCAUCUUAACCACAUUGUAAAUAUUUAUCAUUACUCAGGAUCUGAUAUUAAACUUCAUAUUUCAUGGAUUAUUUCACAACCACUGUGCUAGAUACACUUGUAAAUGUACUAUCAAUGAAAUACAGUAGGUAAGAUUUGGAGUUGACCAAAUUUAUUUCAAAAAACAGUGUGUGUACCUAAAUCUGGGACUAUAUUUUAUCUUGUUUUUCUACGUCAUCCGUGGUUAAUAUUUUCCACAAUAGAUAUACAUGUAUCACUAAAUAUUUCAUCUACCAGCAAUUAUUAAAUUUAUGAAAAAAAUUUGCGAAGAGUUCUACAAAUUGUGGAGUUUUGGAUUUCUUUACUGCAUGUUCAUGUUCAUGCAUGUGGUCUUGUAACUCAAUUUAGUGGAAUCUUCUACCAACAUUUGAAUUACUGAGCUUGUGAUUUCUUAACUUCAUCUUGAUGUACAUGUAGAUACAAAGAUAACAUGAAAAAGAAAAUUCAAUUUAGUUUAUCAAAAAUCAAGCAUGUUAUUUUGUGCUGAUGCUGAGUUUAUGUACAAAAGAAUCUUCGUUUCAUCACUUUUUAAAGAAUGGAUUUCAUCAAGAAAUGUAUUGAUACACAGUGCUAAUAAUUAAAUGGCUAUUAUUCUUUCUUUUCUUUCAUUGAUUUUUGCAAGCUUAUACUUAUUUAUUGAAAAAGAUUAAAAUUUACAAAACUUUAAGAUGACAUUUACUUGUGUUGAGAAUUUUUCUGAUGAUGCUUUCAGUAAUUUAUUUUAUUUUGACUUUUCUUUGUGAAUGGCAUAACAUAUAUCUUCAACUAUUUGGUCUCUACUGUUUCAUUGGUGCAUAAAUAAACUACCGUAUUAAAUGUAAUAAUCGCUAUAGCAGAAAAUAUGGAUGCCAAUCGUACCAGAAUAAAAACAAAUACUAAUGCGGCUGAUUGUCAUUUGAGGGAUUUUGAAUCUCUUACAAACUACAAUAUUGUGAAAGUUGAAUCUCUAAAAGGAUUAUCAGUCUAACCAAGGUUCUGUUCUGUUCAUCUGUUCGGUAUUUACUGACACAUGUAUGAUGAAUUAAAAACUUAACAUUAUUUGGUAUCCUCCGCAGAGGAUAUAUAAAAGUCAGUGAAGUGUUGGAUGAAUUUUGUGAUCUGCCUUUCAUAUGCCCACAUGGAGAUGUGGUCGUAUAUUGCUGUCGCCACCGUACAUACAAAUACAUCUGUUGUCCACAAUUUCUUGUGAACACUCUACAGACUACAUUUAUCAUCUGAUUGUUUUGAAAUUGAUAUAUGUUGUUUACAUCAGUGAGAUGAAGAAUCCUAUUUAAUUUUCUAUAAUUUCUUCUAUGACCUUUGUUGAACAUUAUUAACGCUCUAAUGAUCUGUGUGAAUUUUCUAUGCAUCAUAUUAAUUAGUGAAACGAAGAAUCCUAUUGAAUUUCAGCAUUUUCCAAUAAUUAUUUCUAGAAUUAUCUCCCUUGUUUAACUCAAACCUUGUGAAUCCUCGAAUGACAAAAGCUAUCAUCCGACCUGUAUGAAAUUUAAAUUAGUGAAACAAAGAAGCACGCAUCAUUUAAAUUGGUGAAACAAAGAAGUCUAUUGAAUUUCAACAAUUACCGUCAAUUACUUAGAGUUAUGGCCCUGGCUUUACAUUGUUGAACCUUGUGAACGUUCGAAUGGCAGAAGUUAUCAUCCGAUAUUUGAGCUAUGCGGUUAUUAGGUCAAAUAUGGUAGGUUAAUUUAAUAUGUACAUGUAGUGGUAUUUUGUAAUCUAUGAUGUAUAUAUAUUUUGCUUUUAUUUAUAAAUAGGUUGGACUGUCUCUGUUCAUUGAAUUUAAUAAGAGAAAAAAUUUAAAUUGCAGAUCAGUGAUUUUAAGAGGAUAUGUUUAUUUGAGCAUGCAGUAAGAUACAUGUAAAUGCAGAUGUAAGAAAUGUAUGUUAUUGGUUUGAAAAGGGGAAUAACUUUCUUUUAUAAAUCCCAUGUUGGACUCGUCAUUGAACGGUAUUAUAGAACAAAUGUACAAUACAGAUAAAAGAAUUAACCUAUUAUGUACAUGUAUGGCCAAAACCAAUUGAUUUCUUAUUCAAUUCAAUGUGGUCUAAGUACAUGUACAAAGCAUGAAUUUAGAGACAUAAAUUUCCUGCAUUGUUUUCUUAUCAUCCAUUCUUUUGUUUUCCAUUUUAAUUUGUUCAUAGUAUUUGUUUUGUUGACUCGUUGUUUAAGAAUUUUUCAUAAGUUCACAUGUUUGUUCGUGUAUGUAACGUACACAACUGAACCGUAACAUGUAACAGUUAGUCCAUUUGUUCAUAUUUGAUUAUUUAUUAUAGACUAAGCUAUCCACUGUAAAUGUACAUUAUAGACAGACCUGUAAUUGGGGAGUCGAAAGUAAGGAAGUCAGUGUAGAACAGGUUCUCUAAAAUGUAGCUUGAAAAAGUCAAAAGUAAGAAAGUCAGUUUAGAAUAGAUACCUUAAUGUAGCUUGAAAAAGUGUUAGACAUUAAUUUGAAUACGUUUUUGCUUACCUGGUAAAAGACUAAAUGCUGUCAUACAUGUACAUGUACUGAUCAUCAAUUGAUUGUGACAUCUGUUAACCAAAGGUAGUACUGACUGGUUAAUUGUAAGGUAUAUUAGGCUAUGAAUUAAUGAAUUAAAUAUCUUCUGUCAUAAUUUUGAUAAUGUUUUAUUAGAAUGUGUAAAUGUAGUUCAGUUGAAUGUGCCUUACUCAUAGUUGUUUGUAAUAAAUUUUGACUUGUGGAAGACUAAUUACUACAUGUGCAUGUAGAUAUUCAUACCAACAUCUUGGCUAAUUGGAGGUCUACAUUUGAUUCUAUACAACCCUUUCAAACACUGAAAAUUUUAUGAAUUCACCUCUGUGUAUACAUCAUCCUUAAAAUUAUUCUAAGAUACAAUGUCCGUCAGUCAAUUUAAACAUAUAUUCUAGCUGUAAGAAGGUUUGUAAUAAGUCAUGUUACAUAAUAGAAUUAUGUCCCUUGGUUCAGUUUCCUCUGUGAGUAUUGCCAUUUGGGAUAGCAAAUCACAGAUACUGAUCAGUUACUGAAAAAAAUAUUAGAUGUCCGGUAGCAGCUACUCGUUCUGGAUUUGAAACAUUAAAGCACUAUAGACUGAUACUAAAGGUUUGCCCUGUGUAUUAAUGUACGGUAUUAUUUUAAAGUCAUUUCAUGUUGAUAUCUUACAGUGCUGUUGGUUUAAGUUGUAUUAUACCAUGUAUUGUAAUUAUAAACAUUGUUUGUUAGUAAAAAUCACAAACUCUA